AGAACUUUAGGUGAACGAGACAGCGGAGCGAUGCGCGUCUACCACUUGAAUCUAUUAAUGCUAAGUGCCGGCCUGCUGGUCCUGCUGGCGAAAUCGGGGACCACGGCCCCCCAAGCGGAUGUGGAUGUACAGCAACUGACUCUGGCGGAUGUAAAUCAGGCAGUGGAGCAGCAGGAGCAGCCGGCUGUUCGCCUGGCCAGGCAAUUCGGAUUCGGCCGUGGAGGUCGAGGAUUUGGCAGAGGAGGCGGAGGAUUUGGCAGAGGCGGCGGAUUCUGCUGCGGCGGCGGCGGCGGUGGGUUCCGGAGACCCGGUUUCGGAGGCGGCGGCUUCUAUCCACCACCACCACCGCCGCCCUUCUUUGGCGGCCCCUUCUUCGGCUAGGUGUUAUUAAUUUAAUGUGCAUACGUGAUACGAUCAGACCAGGAUUAGCUGCUAAUAAAUCAACACGAGCUGCUGCUCUAAUUACCCGACCAAGUGCUGAACCAGUUUUUU